AUGAUCACUGGUCUCGCACAUAUUAACCUCCUCGUCCCUGCAGACUCCCUCGAGCACGCCGAGGCCUUCUACGGGGGAACCCUCGGCCUCACCUCCGCACCAGUCCCACAUUUACAGAAGGGCACCAUCUUAUGGUUCAAUCUCGGAGCGUCUGGUCAGCAGAUCCACAUUGCACCUGGCAUCAACGAGUCCAAGACCUCUGAUAGGCAUCCGUGCUUCAAGCUUGAAUCGUUAGAGAAACUGCAGGAACUACAGCAACGGAUAUGGGACCACCAUGUGCGUGGAGGGGAUGCAGCGCCGUUGAAUGUAGAUAAGCCGGGUGAGAACUCAGGGACCAAAGGGGUCGAGUAUCCAAGUCGGUUUUUUGCAAGGGAUUUCGCGGGAAAUAGGUUGGAGUUUAGUCUAUAG